AUGAAGCCGAAAUCGCUCCUGCACGCCGCCGCCCAGUUCGUCUGCCACCAUUGGUUUCCAGCUCAAGCGGGUUGUCUUCUUCAAGUGGUAUUGGUAGACUCUAUUGAUGCUUACUUAGGUCCUCUGUUCCCCCAGAAAGCGUUGAAUGCUGCAUGCCAGGGAGGGACGCUCGAAUUCACUCUGGAAUAUUUUCUGUCACACACGACACCCAAUUGGAAGGAGGCGUUGCGUGCUACAGCACAAGGAGGAUAUAUCCAUGUCCUGCGCUGGAUGACGAAUCGGCAGGAUGGUCGAGGCCCAUGGAAGGCGGAUUUUGAGAAUUUGUUGCAUCUCACGGGCACUUUGAAGUUGUCAAGUCUGGCGGUUAGACACGGACAUCUAGCCGUGGUGCAGUGGCUCCAUGAGUAUCAAAGGUACGGCAGCUCGAUGAACCAAGCUGUUGCGAACGGACACCUCGCCAUGGCGCAGUGGCUGCACAAGGUCAACGAAGAAACGUGCUCAGCUCAUGCCGCUGACGGGGCCGCUAAGAAUGGACACCUUGACAUGUUGAAAUGGCUGCAUUCGAUCAACCUUCUUCCGAGUACGACAAUUGGGUGCACGAAGGACGCAUUGUACUUCGCUGCUGCUGAAGGGCACCUCGACAUUAUU